AUGGCCGCCCGGAGCCUCGCGGCGCUCCGGUUGGCCGCCGACAGCGCGAGCUCCAGCAUGGCGUCCCUGCCGGCGCCGUGGCCGGGUGCGAGGUUCUCGGUGCGGAUCGAGUUCUUCUCGCCCGAGGCCGGGGCGGGCACCCGCAGCAGCGGCAUGUGCGUCGCCAAGGAUCCCGCGAAGUACGCCCGCUGUGCCGAGGCGCUUCGGGAGGCGGUGGUCGGGCAGUUCGAUGGCGAAGUGUCCGUCAGCCUGGUGAGCGUGACCGCGCCCUACGCCCUGGAGGUCGCGGUGGUGGCCGUCGCGGACGGCCCGGCGCACCCGGCGCCCGCUUUGGUGUUCUCCAAGCUGGAGUCGAAGGGGUGGCCGCAGACGGAGCGCGUGCUGGCCACCCUGAAGCACUUCUGCCAGCUGCCCGUGCGGCUCGCCCUCUGCAGGGCGCGAGGCGACGCGCCCCCGUCGCCGGGGCCCGACGGCGACCUCGCGGGCGCGCGGGGACCUGGCGGUGCCCCAGGCGCCGGGCUGGGCGCGCAGCUGCCGCCGAUCGGCCCGCUGGCCCACCGGGCCGCGGUGAUCCGGCACUUGUCCAGCGGCGAGAGCGUGCAGGUCGUCGCCGACGCCGACGGUCUAGCUGAGGUCGUGCUCUUCCCAGGGGUGUUCGCCGUCGAGCUGGCCAAGGACGGCUCUUUGGACGAGCUCGUGCCCCGCGAGCUGACGCUUCCGGCGGUGUUCGCCGCUCGGCAGCAGGCGCUCCAGGCUCGCCCCCGCCGCCGCUGCCUGCUGUCGCUCCUCGACCAGCACGGACGUGCCCCGGCCGAGGCAAAGACCGGUUCAUCAUCAAAGGAGAAGAAGUUGAAGCAGGACGGCAAGGCGCAGGCGGAGGAUGAGGAGACGUUGCAGAUUGAGAGUGAAGAGGCGGAUGAGGAGCUUGACAUGAAGAGCAUGAUGAAGAGGAUGAUGAGCAUGGCGAAUCAGACGCGGAGCGACAUGCGUAAGUCGAAGGAGGAUACCGAAGAGAUCAAGACGGUUGCAAACCAGGCGAAGGCGACGGCCAGCAUGGUAGAGCAAACCGUGGAGAUCGUCAGGGGGGAGGUCAACCAAAUCCGGGAGUCCGCAGUAAACAAAGAAGAUCUCCCAAAGAGGGUCCAAGAAAUCGUCCAAGCGGAAGGGCUGACCACAGGCAGUAGCAUGAAGGAGGGGGUAGGAAAGACGGAGAAGCGAGGUGCGUUUUCGAAGUUGUCGUCGAAGUGGAGCUUGAGGGCCGAUAUCUCUGCAGCUAAAGGGAUGGGAAAGGGGAAGGAGGGAACAGAAGUAGAAAAGCGUUUCCGCACAGUGUAUUUGGGCAAUUUCCCAGAAGAUGCGAAUAAUGACAUCAUCAAAGGACAUGUGAAGGAAUGGACAAAACAUAUUGAAUACGAUGUCGACGACAUAUUUGCGUUUGGUAAAUUUGCUAUCCGGGGAGCGGUUCGAUCCAAGACGGAAGAGGCGAUGUGGAAGUACUUUGCGGAGACUUGGGGCAAGUUACAGCACGAGGUGAUGGGGGAGACCAUUUAUGCAAAUCUAGAUUCACUACGCGAUUCGAAUCCAAGCAAGACUAAAGCCGUCCGAAAGGUCGUGCGCACGAUCAUCGAAAGCAAUCCCGGGAAUGGCGAUGAUAUCAAGAAGAGCAUUGACCCUGAUUACGGGCAGGGGAUUGUGUGGUGGAACGACAGGCGGGUUGCGGAGUGGAAGGAGAAGGAGGGGGAGGGCAAGAUGAAGUUAUUUGGGGCAGCAGAGCAGUACCAGGAGAAGUUUUAG